CUAAGAAUUGCACGGAGGAAAAAAGAGAGCGGAACAGACUAUCCAGCUGUCAGACAUCGCUUUGUUGUCGGUGAGUUUCAUUCGAGCCCGCAAUGUCUGAUGCGAGUGACACCGAAUGCCACUGAUGCUAUUGGUAUGGAGACAGUUGCGAAAUUCAGUGGAGGAUGCAGCCUUCGGUUGGUCUUUGAGGGCUUGGAGCUUGGGGGGCUUGUGGUCAGCAGGAACCAGAGAGUUACCGCCAAGUGUACCUGACUCAGAAUGAACAAGAACAGGUUUCAUUAGAAGGUCCAACUUCAGUCAGUCCACACAUAAUCAUUUUCAGCCUGAUGGGGUUUGGCUUACAUCAUUAAUGAUGAGAGUGAUCUUCAAGAGUGUUAGACUUCAAGAUGCCUAACGAGCGAUUCAAGUCAUCUCUUGGGCCUGUAUGGCUAUUAUUUUAUUCAAAAGCAGAAGGUUGUGCUCAGCCCAUCUGAACAUCUUGGUGGACAAGGAGCCAAUCGAACAGAGCUCUUCAUGGCUAGAAUAGAAACAUUUGUGUCAGUCACUUGAGUUUCCCAAAAACUCUUGGUUAGUGUUUUCACGCAGAUGCAGUAAUUUGGUGGGGAGAGGUUAGAAAAGGUGGCAAGGGAAACUGUGACAAGUAAAAGAUUCCCUCCACCUCAAAUCAUCUGGACAUCAUGCAGUCAGACGAUCUCUUCAUCCGCAAGUUUCGCAGACAGAGCCCACGGCCGCCCCUGGUGACAGUGAAUUAUGAUACCAAGCAAGAUGGUGGUGUGCGGACACGAGUCAUGGCCGAAUGGCCCCCCAGGAGAGAGGGAGAAGGAUCGGACAGAGAGAGUGUCACUCCCAAAUCAGCCGAACUCAAUUUGAGGUCGAUGGGUCGUGGACACAUCAUGCAGCGCAGCAACAGCGAUGUAACCCUCGGCGAUCUGGAUAUGGGAGUGCAGGUCGGGAGAAAGAUGCUCCGCACAGGAGGAGACAAAACCGGACUAGGUGGCCAGGGGGAGUUCCUCCACCGAGAAUAUGGGAGUCUCUCCUCGCUUGAGAGAUCGACACAGUGCCUGGAUCACAGUGGAGAGGAGCAAGGAGCUCUCAGUCCCCAAGCACUGCGCUUCAAAGAUCCGUUAAUUCUACUGGGGCUGCAAGGGAUGCCUCCUGAACCUGAUGGCUUCUUUCAAACACUCUCCACUCCGACAGUGGACACUUCGAAGCCAGCCAAGCCCCCCAAACCCGAGGGGCUUGGUAGAAGGGCCAAACCGUCCCUUCUGCAAGCCCCUCAAUUCCCUUGUGAUCAGGUCACAGCUGGUGCUUGGGUACGCAAUUUUGCCCACUAUGAUGUGCAGAGCAUUCUCUUCGACCUGACUGAGGCUGCCACCAAUCGCGACAGCAUUGGACGCAAGAAGAACAUCACAUCGGGUGCAUCAGCUGCCUCUCAGCUUCGGCCACUCACACAAUCCACACCAUCCUCACUUUCUCAGGGUGGUGGGGGCAUUGCGGGAAGUGGGGUUAUCUUGGAGGAUGUCGAGCAGUCUCUGCUGGAUGAAGGAGAUGGGAAUGAUAAUGAUCUCCUGCUCAGCUGUCCACACUUUCGGAAUGAGAUGGGUGGCGAGGAGAGCGGGGGUCUCUGCCUGUCGCGGGGCUGCAGAGGACGGUGGAGGAGCCUGCAGAGCCCCAACGAUGCUGUGUCAAUGUUAGAGGAGCCUAGGGAAAGCCACGUCCAACAACAGGGGAAGAGUAACUUCUUCAUAGAACAUGCAGACCUAGGUGCUCGCUAUUAUCAGAAGUACUUCUAUAUGAAAGACCAUCAGAAUUUCUUUGGUAUGGAUGAGCGUUUGGGGCCAGUGGCUGUCAGUUUCCGAAGGGAGGAAAAAGAGGGAACAAGUGGGUCCCAGUACAACUACAGAAUCAUUUUCAGGACCACAGAACUAAAGACGCUGCGUGGUUCAAUCCUGGAGGAGUCUGUUCCCUCUGCAGCACGGCACACUACGCCACGUGGACUUUCACCCAAGAGACUGCUGGAGUUCAUAUUGCCUGAUCUUAAUCUACAAUGCCUCAGACUGGCCUCCACCUCCCCUAAAGUCAAAGACACGCUGCUUAAACUGGAUGAGCAGGGGCUGAAUUUCCAGCGUAAGGUGGGGGUGAUGUACUGCAGAGCAGGGCAGAGCACUGAAGAGGACAUGUAUAACAAUGAGAGUGCUGGACCGGCGUUUGAUGAGUUUCUGGACCUCCUAGGCGACAGGGUGCGACUAAAGGGUUGGGAGAAAUACAGAGCUCAACUAGACACCAAAACGGACUCCACGGGGAUACACUCUCUGUACACUCGCUACCAAGAUUACGAGAUCAUGUUCCAUGUCUCCACCAUGCUUCCAUACACACCCAACAAUACACAACAGUUACUGAGGAAAAGGCAUAUAGGGAAUGAUAUAGUCACAAUAGUCUUCCAGGAACCAGGCGCUUUACCCUUCACACCAAAAGCCAUCCGUUCUCACUUUCAGCAUGUGUUCAUCAUCGUCCGAGUGCAUAAGCCUUGCACUGACAAUACUUAUUACAGAGUGGCUGUAACUCGCUCCAAGGACAUCCCUCUCUUUGGUCCUCUUUUCCCUAAAGGUGCACGCUUCCCUCGUUCUCCUGCCUUCCGUGACUUUCUCCUUGCCAAAGCCAUUAACGCAGAAAACGGUGCUGAGAAAUCAGAGAAAUUCCGCUCCAUGGCCACACGCACACGGCAGGAGUACCUGAAAGACCUGGCGGAGAACUACGUCACCACCACGCCCAUUGAUUCUUCCACCAAAUUCCCGCUGCUAUCGUUGGGCGGAAAACGCAAAGAAAAGUUAAAGGGAGCUAAGGGGGCAGAGCUCCAUAGCGCUGGUGCUUUAGUGUGGGCUGUCACAGCAAUUCAGGGUGGCCAGUGCAAUGGGCUGAACCUGCCCUGCCUGCUGGGUGUGUCGGCAGAAUCGGUAGUGCUCAUCGAGCGAUUCACGCGAAGGGUGGUAUUCAAUUGCAGCUGCCGCGAUGUGAUUGGCUGGAAGGCAGUGACAGAGACGGGAGCUCAGGGUGGGCCUUGCCUGGAUGUCUUCUACGAGAGGGGCGAGGCGGUGACUGUGAUUGUGCCAGACAGCCAAGUGGAGGAUAUUAAGGAGGUGGUCCAACGAUUGGAGCUGGUUACACGCGGCUGUGAGGCACGUGAGGUCACGCCCCUGAGGGAUGGAGUCGGCCAACCAGGCUUCCUGAUGAGUGAGGAAGGCUUUGUAACGGAGCUCCAGCGGUUUGGGUAUGCGGAGAGUGGGGGACUGCAGUUGGGGGCACGUGUAGUUCGUCUCUGUGGCCAGGUCCUGAUACACCUCAGCCAGGAAGAGAGAAGCAUACUCCUGCGCACUGCACAAAAGAUCCACAUCACAGUCAUACCUCCAGAUGAGAAUGGAAAACCACGCAGGAGUUUCUCAGAGCUGUACCAGAAAGCCAUCCAGGAUGCUGAGAGCAAGUCCGGAGAGGGAUGCUCAGGGGAGGCCUGGGUCUUGGAUGAGCGAGGAGAGGAGGAGGAUGAUGAUGAAGAUGAAGGAGGGGAAGAUGACAAGGAAGAGGAUGAAAAUAGGGUGUCAGACAGAGAAACUCAAAAGAAGGAGAGAUGUGGAGAGGAGAUGGGAAUUUCAGGGAGAGAGGAUGCAGACUCACUCCUCUCCCCACCCAGCUUGCCCCUCUUGCGGGCAACUUCUUUGCAGGACAACGUGAAGAGCCAAACACCAGAGAUCACUGCCAUCUCUCUCACUCGGAGCUACUCGCUAGAGCACCACCCACCAUGCCAGGAUAUCCUUGAGAGGCAUGUAUACGAUAACGUGGGGCUAAAAGGAAACAGGCACAUUUAUGAAAACCCUGGAGAGCUAAGGGAUGCGACCCCUGACCUCAUACUGGCAGUCAAACCUAAAGUGCCUCUGGAGCAAGAGGAAAAGCUUGGGCCUGAUAAGGGGAUUGAGGAGUGGCCAUCAGGCAGUGAUGUGACCCUGAGAUCUGCCAGCAUGGAAAGAGCUGAAAGAAACUCUAGAGCUCUGAGCCUCCACAACUCCAUCACCAAGAUUCUUUCAGAGACAACGGAUACAUCUGAGGAGGAAUGGCAGUCUAUUGCUGAUCUGGCCUCCGCCUGUCGGAACAUUCUGGAAGCUCUGUCUCGAGAAGACCGGAAGGCAGGAGACGGCUCACAAACAUCCCUAGAGAAUAUGAGCCAGUCUGGUCAGACAGACAGCAAGUUUAAAGACAGUGACUCGCCCGGUCACCUUGAGGAGAAAGUGUGCCAGUUGGAGGCCAUGUUGAAGCGACUGCAGGACGACCUCCAAAAGGAGAAAGAGGACAAAGCAUUGCUGCAAGCAGAGGUGCAGAGUCUCAGGCAGAACAACCAGCGCUUGCAGGAAGAGUCUCAGAGCACUGUGGCACGUCUCAUCAAAGUCACCGAGCUGCUCUGCAACGUCAACAAGCCCAGCUAGCAGAGAAAUCCAUUCCAUGGCAGCAUACAAGACCUAGAUUCAAGAUACACAUAGACACAUCUGAAGGCCAGUGUAAAUGGUAGCAGAUCCUUCAAACAUGGCCCAAAAAUGACUUUUAAAGGGAUUGUUCUCCCAAAAAUGACAAUUCUAGCAUUAUUUUCUUCCCAUCAUUUAGUUCCAAACUUGCUUUGCAAACAAAAUGUUCUAUAGACAAAAUGUAGACAAAUCCCUUCACUUUCAUUGUAUGGAAAAAAGUUGCAAUGAAAGUGAAUGGUGACUGAGGCCAACAUUCUGCCUGACGUCAUCUACAAACGUUAACAGGCAUUAAUAGCCUCAAUGCCAUUCUCAAGGACUUCUCUGGAUUCAUACCCUUAGCAUGGGGUAAUAUUGUUCACUUGCAGCUCAAAUAUUGUCUCUCCAUAGUCAUUAUUUGUAACCCUCAAACCAGUGUCAUGCUCGGAUUGUGGUAGCGGGCAUUUAGUAACAUCAAGGAUUCAAAACCAUAGGCUACUUCAUCUUUAAGUACUGUUACUCUGUGUAAUAAUGUAGGCUUUUGACCGUACUGCAACAUCUUAUGUCUGCAAGUGAGCAGAGUGGGGCCAAGAUAACUAGCAAUACUACUGUAAUAAGCAGCCUGAUCUCAUGCAAAUUGUGUGACUGUGGCAAAAUUUUUGGAAGAUGAAAUUACUUGGUUCAUUACACAUAUCGCUGCAAUUUCGAGGUGAAAAAAUCCACUGAGGGGCGCUAAAAGCAAAGGUUCCCCAAGAAGAUUCGGUUUUAAAAGGGAUAGUUCACCCAAAAAUGAACAUUCUCUCAUCAUUUACUCACCCUUAUGCCAUCCCAGAUGUGUAUGACUUUCUUUCUUCUGCUGAACACAAGCGAAGGUUUUUAGAAAAAUAUCUCAGCUCUGUAGGUCCAUACAAUGCAAGUGAAUGGUGAUCAGAACUUUGAAGGUCCAAAAAGCACAUAAAUGCAGCCUAAAAGUAAUCCAUACGACUCCAUAUCUUCAGAAGUGAUACAGUAUAAUAGGUGUGAGUGAGAAACAGAUCAAUAUUUAAGUACUAUCUUACUACAAAUCUCCACUUUCACUUUCACUUCCACAUUCUUCUUCUUUUGUUUUUUGGCGAUUCACAUUCUUUGUGCAUAUCGCCACCUACUGGGCAGGGAGGAGAAUUUAUAGUAAAAGAGGACUUAAAUAUUUAAUUAUUUCUCACCCAAACCUAUCAUAUCGCUUCUGAAGACAUGGAUUAAACCACUAGAGUCGUAUGGAUUACUUGUAUGCUAACAUUAUGUGCUCUUUGGUGCUUCAAGGUUCUGGCCAUUAUGUGCUCUUUGGUGCUUCAAGGUUCUGGCCACCAUUCACAAAUCUUUGUAUGUAUUCAGCAGAAGAAAGAAAGUCAUACACAUCUGGUAUGGCAUGAGGGUUAGUAAAUGAUGAGAGAAUUUUCAUUUUUGGGUGAACUUUCCCUUUAAGAUUAAAGCUCUGUGUAAUGGUUUGAGUAUUUCUGUAACUGCUGAUUUCUUGGGAUUUUCACGCACAAAAGUCUAUAGUGUUUAGUCAGAAUGGUGCCAAAAACAAAAUACAUCCACUGAGCGGCAGUUCUGUGGACGGAAAUGCCUUGCUGAUGAGAGAGGUCAACAGAGAAUGCCCAUACUGGUUUGAACUGACAAUGUCUAUGGUAACUCAGAUAACCACUCUGUACAAUUGUGGUGAGAAGAAUAUCAUCUCUGAAUGCUAUUCUGAGAUGUGGGUUGGCGCUGUUUUGGCGGCACAAGGGGGAACUACACAAUAUUAGGCAGGUGGUUUUAAUGUUGUGGCUGAUCGGUGUAUGUGGUGCCAUUUCUCUUAUUAUGGGGUAAAAAAAAAAAAAGAUAUUGUGUGGCCAUUCGUCUACUCCAUCAACACUCCUCCUUUUCCAUCAUCCAUCAAUUCCAAGCAAAAUCUCCAGUCAAGUCACAUGCUGGGACACUUGUGCAACGUUACUCUCCAUUCAGGCCUCAGAUUCCAGCAUUGGAACGAGUCUUCAUUUUACUGUAGCUAGGCUUGGCCUGGACCCUUAUUGAAACCUGGAUCGAGAGAUGCAUUCUCCAAUCUUCAGCAUUGUUGAGCUGGAACAGACGUAUUGCAAGCCUAAUUCAGACUACUGUAGUUCUCUGAUCUGUCCAUAUAUUAGAUAAUGUGAAAUGUUGCUUUUUGAUGUUAGUCAUGGGACAAAGUGUCUGACAUCAGAGCUUUGAACUGAAACUUUAUUUGUAGAGGAGGGGUAUCAAUUCCAGGGUGUGACUUGUUCAACAUACUGGAAUCACUUCCCUGAUAGCAUGUACAUCACCCAGACGUCUAUUUGAUGUGUGUGUUUACAUCUGUAAGAUGUAUUUUUUUACGUUUUUUGCUCAUCUGCAGUACGUCUAUAAGACGUUUCCUCUCAGAUGUCAAUAAGACAUUCAGCAGAUGUCUUUGAGACGUUUAUGAUUAAGAAUGUUUGUAAAUCUGAUCUUUUUAAGAUGUUUAGCAGAUGUUAAUUAGAUUGCGAUGCUUUCCAGAUGAAAAGAUCACAAACAGACAUCUCUGAAAUGUACGUGCGCUAUCUGGACUACUUGAGAUAUCUUGAGAGGAAAGAGUAUUUCUUCCCAUUACCUUUGAAUUUCGUGUCGAAUUGUUAAGGGAAGCAUGACUUAAAUUGCUAUUUCUAAAUAUUGUAAAAUUUUUGAUUAAAGUGUUUGUUUGCUGCACACAAAGAUUGAAUAGACAAGCCAGAUGUGUGUGUUCUGCUGCGUUCACAUACUAAUUGCCUCAAGUAUUUUUUUGCUGAAUUGUCAGACUGUUUUGUCUCUUUUCUCUUCCAUUGCACCCUAAUAUCAUUCUUUACCUAAAGGUGCACUGAUAAUAUGAAAUGCGACAAAAAGAGCAAAGGAUCUGGACUCUUGCUUCCACAUACACACACACACACACACUCUCACACAGUACCACCAACAAAGGGAAACAAAGGUGAAUGUUAAAUACAUACAUGUGUUUUCCCUUUCAGUUUCUGAAUUUUCUUUUACAGUCACUGUGAUAACCUGGUACCAGCAGAUUCUGAUCUUUAUCCCUCUCUGUGAAAAAAUGUAGAGCCAAAAAAAUUGUGUUACUUCCCUCUAACGUCUGUAUAUCCCGAUGGAACUGGAAUCUAGACUGGAGAUUACUGAUUUGUUGUUAACAUUAGUGCAGAGUUUGUCCAAUUUGGUGAAUGCAGCACGACUUUUAGUGCUAAUCAUUGCAACAGGCAGGAAGUCGAAUACACUGAUGCAGGUUUUAUGCAAUCAGAGUUGUCAGUCAUACGGUUUGUGGGGUAAACUUAGCAAAAUAGCUAUUUAAAGGAACUAUCUCCUGUUCAUCUGUGUGCGACAUAGUCUUUUAGAUUGUAGGAGGUUGUGAGAGCACACAAGUGCGCCGAGCAAUUUCCAAGCCACCUUCUGUAUGUGUGUAUGUAUUUAUAAAAAUGUAAUAACUUAAUAAUCUUGAAUAUGUUGAUGUUAUUGGUAGAUAGAUCUAUUUGAACUGGAAGGGAGGGGAUGCAAAUCUUUGAGCCAUUAAAUGGGUUGGGUUAGGUAAGGUUAUCUUUUCUUAAGAGAAUUAAGGCAAGACAUGAUGGCAGCUCAUAAUUUGUAAUUUGGUUUACUGGAAUAAUAAUAACAACAACAUUUCUCUCUGGUAUUGUAUGUUAUGAAGUUUGCCUUAAAUGGAAACCUGAAAUUACCCUGUGAAUUAACUCAAAGGGAGAGUGUGAGUUUAAAGGGAUAGUUUGCCCAAAAAUGGAAAUUUUAUCAUCAUUUACUCACCCUCAUGCCAUCACAAUGUGUAUGACUUUCUUUCUUCUGCUGAACACAAAUUAAGAUUUUUAGAAAAAUAUCUCAGCUCUGCAGGUCCAUACAAUGAAAGUCAACAGGGUUCAAACUUUGAAGCUCAAAAAAGCAUAUAGAGGCAGCAUAAAAGUAAACCAUAAGACACCAGUUGUUUAAUCCAUGUCUUCAGAAGUGAUAUGAUAGGUGUGGGUAAGAAACAGAUCAAUAUUUAAGCUUCUUUGUACCACAAAUCUCCACUUUCACUUCACUUCCAUAUUCUUCUUUUGUUUUUUGGCGAUUUGCAUUCUUUGUGCAUAUCGCCACCUACUGGGCAGGGAGGAAAAUGUUAUAGUAAAAAACAACUUAAAUAUUGAUCUGUUUCUCACCGACACCUAUCAUUUUGCUUCUGAAGAUAUAGAUUUAACCACUGGAGUCUUAUGGAUUACUUUUAUGCUGCCUUUAUGUGCUUUUUUGAGAUUCAAAGUUCUGGCACCCAUUCACUUGCAUUGUAUGGACCUACAGAGCUGAGACAUUAUUCUAAAAAUCUUAAUUUGUGUUCUGCAGAAGAAAGAAGGUCAUACACAUCUGGGAUGACAUGAGGGUGAGUAAAUGAUGAGAGAAUUUUCAUUUUUGGGUGAACUAUCCAUUAAACGCUCGUGGCUACUUGAAUAAUUAUAUGUGACAUUCCACCUUUUCAUGUUCUUAACUAUUUGUAUUUUAUUUUAUUUUUUAUUGCCAAAGCUGUAUUAUGAAUUUACCUUAUAUUGAAAUAAUGAAACUGUGUUAACUUAACUGCUGUGUUGACCCAAGUGGUUUCCAGUUUAGAAUCUUACAUAGUCAUGUAUACGGUUUGAAUCAGGACAUUGUCUUUAAACAACAUUAUCAGCAAAGAGUUUCUGUGUGGAACACACACACAAAGAAAUGCAGGUAGCCUAAAUUCUCUCUCAGACACAUUUGUGACUUUCACAUUUUUGUGAAUUCUUAAACGCAUUUUUAAGGGAUAGGUUUGUAAAUGUCAAACUAAACCCUAUCUUAUUAUGGCAUGUAUUUUUAUGGAGCUUUAAAUGCUCCUCACCAUAUAUUAAAGCUUGCCUUUUGUUUUAUUACUCAUAAUACAAAUCAGUUUUACUGUUGUUUACAAACUAUUGGAUGAUGCUUUUUUGUGCUCUGAAACAUCUGUAAGGACUUUAAAAGUACAGCCUGCAUGCACUAGAACACAGCCACUAUCAAUCAAGCCAUGUAAAUCGUGCAGACAAAGCCAGCAACCAGUCAAAAGCAAAUAUGUGUGCUGGUUGCUGUAAUAUAAAAUGAUGUAUUGUUAUUCCAUAAACAAUUACAGACCAUGCAUUUAAACCCCUUUUACAAACUUAGUCAUUUUCUACUUUGUUACCUGAGUGUACCUACAAAAAAAAAAAAAAAAUGUGUUGCUCUUUUUCAUGGCAAGUUAGCUAUGUCAUUGCUAAGUCCUGGACUCAACCACCCUGUUCAUUGUUUUUUAACACAUGAUCUUUGAAUGAAGGACUAUUCUUAAAGGAACAGUUCACUCAAAAAUGAAAAUUCUCACUGUUUACUCACUCUCAUGCCAUCUCAGAGAUGUAUGACUUUCUUUCUUCUGCUGAACACAAAUGAAGAUUUUUAGAAGAAUAUCUCAGCUCUGUAGGUCCAUACAAUGCAAGUGAAUGGUGACCAGAACUUUGAAGCUCUAUAAAGCACACACAUAGGCAGCACAAUAUUAAUCCAUUUGACUCCAGUGGUUAAAUCCAUAUCUUCAGAAGCAAUGUAACAGGUGUGGGUGAGAAACAGAUCAAUAUUUUUAUCCUUUUUUUACUAUAAAUGUCCACAUUCACUUCCACAUUUUUCUUCUUUUGUUUUUGGCGAUUCACAUUCUGGGCAGGAAGGAUAAUUUUUAGUAAAAGAAGGACUCAAAUAUUAAUCUGUUUCUCACCCACACCUACCAUAACACUUCUGAAAAAUGGAUUUAAGCACCCGAGUCAUCUGGAGUACUUUUUUGCUGCCUUAUGUGCUUUUUGGAGCUUCAAAGUUUUGGCCAUCAUUCACUUGCAUUGUGAGGACCAACAGAGCUGAGAUAUUCUUCUAAAAUCUUAAUUUGUGUUCUGCAGAAGAAAGAAAGUCAUACACAUCUGGGAUGGCAUGAGGGUGAGUAAAUGAUGAGAGAAUUUUCAUUUUUGGGUGAACUAUCCCUUUAAUUGCCAAAUCCACCCCACAGAAAAUUGCAUUAAAUCUACCUAAUCAAUAAAUAAUCAGCUCUCAAAUACACCUAUUUGAAUAAUUAGUUAGCAGGCACUAUUUUGCAUACAAAGCAAGCACUAUUGUCACAUUUAAAAAUAAAUGUAUACUGUAGGAGUAUGGCAAACCACAAACCCACACUCUAUGCACACUGGUCAAUGAUCUCCUGACUGGAUCAAGGUUAGAGGAAUGUGCUGUCCAGUCAAAACACAAAGAAAACGUAUGGUGGUCAUUAGAGCUAUACUUGUUUCUUUUAACUGAUAGGGAAGUAUUGUUCAUGUAUGUGAACCAGAGGGAUCCUGGCAAUAAAAACUGAACUUAUAUGUAAAA